GUUCUGUCCUGGAGUACUGGAAACGCGAAAGAGAACAUAUGGACUGAAAGAAAGACCUUUACUACUGUACCAUCAGGACCGCAAACCACGGUGCGAUUGCACAUCUCUCCCAGACCUCUCUGAGAGAUGUGGCUGCUGGAAAAGAUCCGGGGUUCAGUGGAGGGAAACGUUCUCCGGCAGGGAGACUCGGCAGACAAACAGAGCAAAGCCCCCACCUACAGCAACGUCCUCACCCCUGAUAAGAUUCCCGACUUCUUUAUUCCACCCAAGUUGGUAUGCUGUCCCCCGGAGGAGGAAACACCGGAGUUGAAGCCAAAAAAUGGGCUUCACUCUUCGACUUCUGAGCAGACCAUAUGUUGCAAGACGCCGCAAGGCAGUCCGCGCAGCCCACGCCUCAUUAACAAGCUGGCUGGAGACACCAAAAACUUGCUCAAAGCUGCAAACCGCCACAUCAUCCAGAUUGAGAGUGCAGAUGACUUGGUUGUUGGGGAUGCAGGCAACCUCAACACAAAUGCAGACCCGCAGUCUCAAACAGCCAUGUCUCUUCCUUAUGUCCCCAAAGCGCAAACCUCUUACGGUUUCGCCACGCUUAUGGAAAGUCCUCACACAAGGCGUAAAGAGUCCCUCUUUCACAGUGACCCAACAAGUCCACUCACCUCGCCCAACACCCAACGCAAGUCACAAGGAAACCACUUAAACCCCAGUGACUGCAACACAUCCCACUCCAAUCCCUACCGCUACUUCAGCGGUGGAGAAAGUGACACUUGCUCAUCUGCCGAAUCCUCCCCGUUCAACUCCCCACUGCUAUCCCGUUCUGCAUCCCUCCUUAAGAUGUUCACCCACGAAACCCAAGCCAAAGUGUCCCGCGCCAAGCGCUCCUUCGCACGCCACAGUUCGCUCUCCACGGAUGAGUGUAGCUCUGUGGAGACCAGUCCCAAUAUUCAGAGGCGCUUCCGUUGCCCUCCAUCUCCUGCUUUCAGAGGGCGGAAAUAUGGAGGCAACAUGGACCGAUUCACGCAACACACUGUCAACCUCCACAAGGGAGGAACUCUACGCAUCUGCACAGACUACGAUAUUGACGCCGCAAGGCUUCACAUUCGUGUUUUGGCAGCCGAGGACCUCUAUGAUAAGCAGUUUGAUGCUAAGAGCAUAAAUUGUUGCGUGUCUCUGUACCUGAACCCGGGAAAGCUCCAGAAACAGAGAAGCACCAUUAUCAAGAACAGCCGCAAUCCGGUUUUCAAUGAGGACUUCUACUUUGACUCCCUACCUGUUGCGCAGGUGAAAAAUCUUGCCAUCAAGAUGAAGGUUGUCAACAAGGGCACCAGCUUGAAGAGAGACAACCUUUUGGGGGAGAGGGAGGUACCCCUGAAAGAGCUUCUUUCUGGGAUCUAGAAGUCAGUUUUUUUAAACCACGUGGCCACAUAAAUCAAUGCAGUCUUCAACUGGAAGCCAAUUCACACCGCACUGAUGAUCGCCAACAAAGUCUGUUGUAGUUUUUUGGAUCUUGUGUUACCCCUGUUGGCAUCUUCGGAAUCUGUUGUCACCUGACUGAAGAUUUUUAGUUGCUAUUGGAUGGAUCAUGGAACAUCAGUGUCAUGAUUUUCCAACAAAUGGCAACAAACUGUGACCUCAUCUGACCAGGGACCAGAUAGGGUUCAAUGCAAAAAAAAAAAAAAAAGCUUUUCUUUCCUAGAGUAUUUGUCUUGAUUCUAGUCCAAAUAUCAAAAGUAGGAAAAGCAUUUAGCUUUUUAGUCCCGAGAAGGAUCAUUUAAUUAAUUGUUCAAUUAUUGUGCAGUUGUUGAGGCAUUGUAAACAUGAAAGUAAUUUUAUCACGUCAUUCUAAAUUCAAUGGCCAACUUGUUUGUUGGUGUUUGUUGGCAUUUAUCUGUGCAGUGUGAAAUGGCCUUAACAGGGAAGGCCAUAACUUCGAUGCUCAAAUGGCCUUUUUCCACUGAGUGGUACAGUACGGGUUGGGAAGGGUCACCUUUAUCAGGCUUGCGUUUCCACUGCCAAAAUGGUACCAAUGGUAGGCGUGGUGUACGACAGAAAGUUUCAGUCGACUUCAUUCUUGCUUUAGGAAAUGUCAAAGUAAAGCUGUACGGGUCGUUCCAGCCUGAUCUCACGAGAAAACGUAAGAAUUUUACGUUUUGACAGUUUAGUGGCUAAUUCGUACGAAUUUGUACGAGUUCAGUCGUACGAAAUUGUACGAUUUAAAAAAGGAGGCGU